CUGUUACAGAAUCGCAGCUCAAGGAAAGGUAUGUGCGUGCUCAAGCAUCAAUGGAAGCAAGCACAUGAAAGAAAACGGCAUCGGAACAUCCAUACUCCCAGCAAGCGCCAACCUGCACAACUGCAGUUUCUCUGGAUCUUCUUGAAUUCCCGACAUCGGGUGCUUCCUCAAACGCGCUCUCCAGCUCGUCAGGUGUGCGAAGAGCCGCUGCCGCUCCAUAUGUCCGGAGUGCUGGUAGAGAGGCAUAGCAUAGGCAUCGGCAUCGGUAUCGGUCAUGGCUUCUCAGCAUGUGCUAUUCUAUUUUUUACUUAGUCUUGGUAGGUACCAUCGGGGUGUCUCCCAGCUGAAAGGACACCGCCCACAGGGCCAUGACCUACCCACCCCCUUGCCAAGAUGGGCAUAAGGGACGAGAGGAAUGUUGCCCUCUUCCGAUGCAUUGGACCGCGGGGUUAGCUACAGUACCGUAUGAGUACGUCCCAAGUGGGACGGGAGUCAGUCACUCAUUAAGUGAACACUGCCACCGGUAGCUGACAUUGACUUUUAUUUCUGCUUGGACACUUUUCUCUCUCUCUCUCACAUAUUCUUGCUUUCUCUACAAUACAUUGAUUGAUCUCGGUUGUGGUUGUUACUUGUACAUCUUGCACAUUCCUGUCAUAUACCCUUACGUCGAAUUGUAUCCAUUUCACCGGGCAUUGGAACGUGGUGUGAGAAGAGAAGGACAAGUGUUGGUUACUACUUUCAGCCAGGCGCAGAGAUCCAAUCCAUCUCCAAGAUGGCUACCAAAGUCGGCGGCGUAAAUGGCAAGAAGCCAACUUCUGCUGCAACGAAUUUGAUCGGUAUUUCUCUAUGAUCCAGAAUAUACACACACCAACUAACUCAUCUCCAGCCGGAGGAGCAGCAGGCAUGAUGGAAGCCCUCGCAUGUCAUCCUCUAGGUCUGUCUCCUCUAUUUCAUUCUCCCAUUUCCUCUCUCCUUUUCCCUCCUACUCGAAACUAAUCAAAAGAUGCAAAGACACCAUCAAAGUGCGCAUGCAACUCUCCACGCGCGCCCGUUCCAAAAACGCCCCUAAACGCGGCUUCGUAAAAACCGGCAUGGAAAUCGCACGCAAAGAAACACCCUUAGCACUAUACAAAGGACUCGGCGCCGUACUAACCGGUAUCGUACCCAAAAUGGCGAUACGGUUUACCAGUUUCGAGGCUUACAAGAGGAUGUUGGCGGACAAACAGACGGGGAUUGUGAGUGGGAAGGGGACAUUUCUUGGUAUGUUUUUCUAUACUCUUUCACGGAGUUUAAAAAGGGGAUGGUUAAGGAAGGAAGGAGUGAUUCAAUAUAACUGAAGAGAAAUGCUAAUCGACCAAACCACAGCCGGUCUAGCAGCCGGAGUAACCGAAGCAGUCGCAGUAGUAACCCCCAUGGAAGUCAUCAAAAUCCGACUGCAAGCCCAACACCACUCCAUGGCUGACCCGCUCGACAUCCCCAAAUAUCGCAACGCCGCCCACGCCCUCUACACCGUCGUCAAAGAAGAAGGCUUCCUCGCCCUAUACCGAGGAGUCUCGCUAACCGCCCUCCGACAAGGUUCUAACCAAGCAGUCAACUUCACAGCAUACAGCUACUUCAAGACCUGGCUGCAGAAAUAUCAGGAUCUGGAUCCCGCGGCGACUUUACCGGGUUAUCAGACGACGGUUAUUGGAUUGGUCUCCGGGGCGAUGGGACCUCUGAGUAAUGCGCCGAUUGAUACGCUGAAGACGAGGUUGCAGAAGACGCCCAAGGGGCCGGGUGAGACGGCGUUGGGGAGGAUGUUGUCGAUUAGCAGGGAUAUGUUUAAGUGCGUCUUUCUCCCUAUCUCCCGUUCUCUACUCUUCUAUUUGCGCUUCCAGCUUUCCUCUUCAUUCCCUCUAUCACCUUAAAACCUCUUCUCUUCCCUCAACCAAAACAUCACAACCAAAUCCCAGUAUCCCAAGAUCCCCCUUCCAUCACCCCCCUCAUCCCCUCUCCCUCUCCCACCCUCAUCCCCCAAACCCUCAAACCAAAAUUUAAAAAACAAGCAACCUAACACAUCCAUCCCACAGACAAGAAGGUUUCCACGCCUUCUACAAAGGCAUCACCCCCCGCGUCAUCCGCGUCGCCCCCGGUCAAGCAGUCACCUUCACGGUCUACGAGUUCCUGAAAGAGAAACUGGAGAGGAAAACCAACCCGUUUUUGAGUGGGGAGUUUGAGGAGUAGGUGGGUAGGGUUUGUUGUUGGGAUAUGUGAUGGUAUGGUAUGAUAUUGUUUGUGUGGUGGGUGUGUGGGGUGAGAAGGGUGAGGGGUGUGAGAAGUACGAUACUCUUUUCACCUUUUUCUCUGGCGGAGGGUGGGUAUGAGGGGGAUGGGAUGGGAUGGGAAUUGGUAUCUUCUUCGCGGUAAGGGAGGCGAAGGAAGCUUUUUUUUUUCCCUUUUUGGGUUUUUCGAAUCUAUGGAUUGGAUUGGAUUACCAAAUCGACAAUACAGUUUUGAGUUGCGAGAUAUGCUGGGUUUGCAUUGCAUUGGAUUGUUGGGAUUGUAUAUAGGAUAGGAUGGGAUAGGAUAUGAUAGGAGAACAUAGUAGAACGAAUGCCUGCAUUUAGACACAUACUGCUGCGGGGGAAUAUAUUUACUCUUACCAUUAAAGAAU